GGCCGCGGGGCCGGCGGGGCGGCGGUCGGAUCCUCCCCCGGGCUGGGGGCGGGCUCCUGGACGGCCGCGCGCCCUGGAGCCCGGCGCCCACAGAGCCGCGGCACCAUGGCACCUGCCGGACGCCCGGGGGCCAAGAAGGGGAUUUUGGAACGCCUGGAGAGUGGGGAGGUUGUGAUUGGAGAUGGCAGCUUUCUCAUUACUCUGGAGAAGAGAGGCUAUGUGAAGGCUGGGCUCUGGACUCCAGAGGCAGUGAUAGAACACCCAGACGCAGUUCGUCAACUUCACAUGGAAUUCUUGAGAGCAGGAUCAAAUGUCAUGCAGACUUUUACCUUUUCUGCCAGUGAGGACAAUAUGGAAAGCAAGUGGGAAGAUGUAAACGCUGCUGCCUGUGACCUCGCCAGGGAAGUGGCUGGCAAAGGUGAUGCUUUGGUAGCAGGGGGGAUCUGCCAGACAUCAAUAUACAAAUACCACAAGGAUGAAGCUAGAAUUAAAAAACUUUUUCGACAACAGCUAGAAGUUUUUGCCUGGAAAAAUGUGGACUUCUUGAUUGCAGAGUAUUUUGAGCAUGUUGAAGAAGCUGUGUGGGCUGUGGAAGUCUUAAAGGAAUCAGAUAGACCUGUGGCAGUUACCAUGUGCAUAGGCCCAGAGGGAGACAUGCAUGAUAUAACCCCCGGAGAAUGUGCUGUGAGGCUGGUGAAGGCAGGGGCUUCCAUCGUUGGCGUGAACUGCCGCUUUGGGCCCGAGACCAGCUUGAAGACGAUGGAGCUCAUGAAGGAGGGUCUUGAGCAGGCAGGGCUGAAAGCACACCUCAUGGUGCAGCCCCUGGGGUUCCACACGCCUGACUGUGGCAAAGAGGGGUUUGUGGAUCUCCCAGAAUAUCCCUUUGGACUGGAGUCCAGAGUUGCCACCAGAUGGGAUAUUCAAAAAUACGCCAGAGAGGCCUACAACCUGGGGGUCAGGUACAUUGGCGGGUGCUGUGGAUUUGAGCCCUACCACAUCAGGGCAAUUGCAGAGGAGCUGGCCCCAGAAAGGGGCUUUUUGCCACCAGCUUCAGAAAAACAUGGCAGCUGGGGAAGUGGUUUGGACAUGCACACCAAACCCUGGGUUAGAACAAGGGCUCGAAGGGAGUAUUGGGAGAAUCUGCUGCCAGCUUCAGGCAGACCUUUCUGUCCUUCGCUGUCAAAGCCAGACAUCUAAGGAGUAGUGAAAGAAAACCCUGAAAUAAUAGAACAGAAAAAAGUUGCCCUCAAGCCUGACCUGGAACUGUUCCUCGCCUUCAUCCUCACCAUGCCCUGCUAUCUCCAGCUGCUGAGCAGCUGAGGUGCUGCAGCCCCUUCCCUUCCAGCCCACAAGUGCAUACAUACUGAGCUCCUGCUGUGGUUAAGCACUGCAACAGACGCUACCAGAGAUGCAAAGAGAAGCGAGAGAGGCACCUUGUUCUACAAGAACUUACUGUCCAAUAAUGCUGUGGUGCAUUCCUUUGAAGAUCAUCAAGAAUAGCCAAACUUGUCUUUGAGGGUGAAUUUGACGCUUUAAAAUAAUCAGAAGUCACUGAGACCCAAAGCUAGUGAAUAAUUCAAGUGACUAAGCUAGGUACUUGAGGAUGAUAGAGCAACACUAAACUAAAGCAAUGAGUCUGCUUUUUUAAAUGAUUUAUACAAUGACUCCAAAGGCAAUCCCAAAGAAAAGAUGUAAAGAAUGUUUUGAGCAAUGGUAGCAUUAUUGAAAUAAAUGUAUAACUAUCCAAAGUGAUUACUUUCAAAAUGAUUUUUACCUAAAGAUAUUAGGUCCAGCCAGGCAAAGUGACUCACACCUGUAAUCCCAGCACUUUGGGAGGCUGAGGCGGGUGAAUCACCUGAGGUCAGGAGUUCAAGACCAAGCUGACCAACAUGGUGAAGCCCUGUCUCUACAAAAAUACAAAAAUUAGCCAGGUAUGAUGGUGGGUGCCUGUAAUCCCAGCUACUCGGGAGGCUGAGGCAGGAGAAUCGCUUGAACCCGGGAGGCAGAGCUUGCAGUGAGCCGAGAUCGGGCCAUUGCACUUCAGCCUGGGUGACAGAGUGAGACUCCAUCUCAAAAAAAAAAAAAAAAAAAAAAAGAUAUUAGGUCCUAGAAUUUUUAAAUGUGUCUUCAUAAUCACAGGUAGCUAGGUUAUAAACUAUUUAAAGACAAGAUCAUUUGAUAAGCUUAUAAGCUUCUCAUAAUUCCCCUUACUUAGCAUUGUGUUAGACAUACUAAUAGGUGCACAGUGAAAUACUUCUUGUUGAUUGUUUAAAAAUAAAGUUUUAGAAAACCUUUUCAAAAGUCAGAGUUUAGGCCAGGGGCAGGGGCUCAUGCCUAUAAUCCCAGCACUUUGGGAGGCUGGGGCGGGCAGAUCACUUGAGGUCAAGGGUUCAAGACCAGCCUGGCCAACAUGGCAAAACCCCAUCUCUACUAAAUAAAAUACAAAAGUUAUCUGGGCAUGAUGGUCCAUGCCUGUAAUCCCAGCUACUUGGAGGCUGAGGCAUGAGAAUUGCUUGAACCUGGGAGGCGGAGGUUGCAGUGAGCUGAGAUCGCCCCACUGCACUCCAGCCUGGGAGACAGAGUUCAAAUCUAUUUUGGUCUAAUAUUUUCUUAUGUUUGUGUUAUUUCAUGUGUGCCAGUUUCUCUUUUUUCACAACAAUUUAUCAAUUUGUGGCAAUAAAAUUUAAAAUGAUAUACCUUU